ACCUAUAAUCGCACUGUCCCGUUGGACUCCGCCCCGGUUUUGCAACUUUCUGUUCUUCUUUUGGACUUUAAAAUAGGCCUUCUCGUUGUUACCAGGAGAACGGUUAUUCGGUCGGGAGACGUAAGCCUCCAUAGGUAUUAAAAUAAUAAUAAUAAUUUAAUUUACUACAAUAAUGGAUGCGCCACUUCUGGUGAAUGUCGACAAAUGGAUUGCUGAACACGAAAGUUCUUUCCUUCCACCUGUAUGCAACAAGCUGAUGCAUUUUCGCCAGUUGAACAUCAUGUUUGUAGGAGGCCCAAACACCAGGAAGGACUAUCACAUUGAGGAAGGGGAAGAGCUCUUCUACCAGGUUCGAGGGGACAUGUGUCUGAAGGUGAUUGAGAACGGCAAACACAAGGAUGUAACCAUCCGUGAGGGGGAGAUGUUCCUGCUCCCCGCCCGGAUCCCCCACUCCCCCCAGAGGCAGGCCAACACGGUGGGGCUGGUGGUGGAGCGUCUGAGGCUUCCCUCUGAGACCGACUGUCUGAGGUAUUAUGUAGAAAACAGCAUGGACGUCCUCUUCGAGCGGUGGUUCCACUGCCUAGACCUGGGAACACAGUUGGUGCCAGUCAUCAAGGAGUUCUUCAGCUCUGAGCAGCACCGGACAGGAAAACCCAGCAAAGAUGAGCCCCUGAGAACACCUCCGUUUCAGCUCAACGGCAUGCACGUGAUGAAGCCCUUCGUCUUCAGCGACUGGGUGACCAAGCACCGCCCCGCGCUGGCUGAGGGACGGCCCCUCAGUGUGUUCGGUCCACAGUUCGAGACUGAGAUCGCACUCUACGGACCAGGGGUGACGGACAAGUCCAGGCAUGACUCGGAUAUUUGGAUAUGGCAGCUGGAAGGGAGCUCCCAGGUGACGAUGGACGCUCAGACGUUCUCUCUCUGCGCUGGAGACAGCGUGCUCAUCCCUCAGCACAGCCAGUACCAGUGGGCAAGGAAUGAAGACUGCAUCGCUCUGUACGUCGUGCAGAACCCAGAGAGGAAGAGCGCCUAUUUCUGACCCUGCCCCAAGUUCAGGCAGGAGCAGACGGAGGAGAGGAGAGUCACUUUAAUUCAAGCUUGAAAACAAAAAAACACGCAUAUUAAUGAAUGUAAUGCAUAUCUGGUAUUUGCAUAAUUAUUGUAACAAUGCGAUUGUUAAUAUUAAUAAUCGACUUUGAUUAUAUUAAUCACCUUAAUUUUUCUAGGCAUAGUUGUACAGUGCCUUGCAAAUGGCCACUAAUGAUUUUUCUCUUCUUGUGAAGAAAUCUCAGAAUGUCUUUUUCAGGUCAAUGCCCUUUCGUCAGUGUUAUUUCAGUAGUUCUGGGGUGGGUGGCGGUGACCCCCCCCUCUAUGACCUCCUGUGGGGGCUGGGGGAACAACCAGGGCAGGGGAGGGGAGAUUUUGACUGGCGAUGCUUGAACAAAUAAUGCAGGACAGAACCACAAAAGCAUGUUUAUUGUAAGGGCACAGAUGCUGUAAGGGUUUAAAAUCUCUUUGGUGACUGCCCAUCGAUUUGCAUGGUGUUCCCAGUCUGAAACACAAUUUCAAUGUUAUGUUAUUAAUAAUGUUAUGUCAUCAAAAUUAUGAAAUGCAUUCAAAUGUAUUUUCCUAAUGUAAAAAUCGUUUUGUUGGCUAGCAUCCUGGUGGUAGUUCUGGCUGAGAGGAAAUGCCAUCAAUUCAAUAAAGAAAUACAGAGUAA